CUUACUCACUGGGCAUCUCACUCACCUAACCUCAACCUCUCAUCUCACGAAACGAACUCAUUCAAAACCAACCACGACACCCUUCAUCUUUCCAAUUCAUUGACCCCGCCAAUUUCUAACUUCAUCCCCUCUCGAACAACCCAGUGGGAAAAACACAUUUCCCUCACAGCAAAUAUGGCAGACACAACGAUGACAACCGAUACCCCCACAAACGAACCAUUCACACUCCAAGAACGAAUCCAACAACUCUGUGAAAUAGACACCCAAAUAGUCUCCCUAAUGUCCCACACCUCAUCCGCCCUCUCCGCCCUCGGCGCGCCCCCAAAGACCUCAUCAGACCCCUCAAACCCUUCCGCCCAAACACUAUCAUCCCAAACUCAAACCUUCAAAACCUCAAUGGACGCCCUCCUCUCCACCCUCCACACAGUAGACGUCCACAUGAAGCGCCAAAUCCUCUCUCUAGAAGAAGCAUCAAUCAUCAAGCUCCGCAACGACGCGGACCCAAAAACCCGCCAACCCGUCAUGAACGAGGACGCCAAAAUUGUCGCGCGCCCGUCCCUCGAGCCCAACGGCGUCGGUACCAUUGGUAACCUCGACGUCGGCUGGCUCAACAGCCGCAACAACAAGGUCGAGCGCGAAAUGGAGGCUGAGUUGUGGGCCAAGAUGAGGGAGUUGCUGGAGCGGUAUCACGCGAAGGAGGUGGAGGAGGGGGCUGCUGGCGGUGAUGUCAAGGAUGAGAGGAUGGAGCAGUGAUGGAGGAGUCGGCAAUUUAGUCUAAUGGAGCCCGUGAAAGGACUGAAUGGCCCAGUGAUGGGAGGCUCACCUUCAUACCAAGGUGACUUGAGAACGAGGUGAAGGGCCUUAGCAAAAGGCAAGCUCUUUCCAGCAGACUUGCUUGAUAGUCUUGAUAGUCCAACACAAUUGAUACCCGGUUACAUAAAUUGUUCGAUCC